AUGGCGGCGGCGCUGUGGCGGUGCCGCCGCCGCUGCCGGGCGCUGCUCUCCCGGGCCGCCGGCGCUCUGCGGGCGCGCCGCGGCCUGGCCGCGGGGCCGGAGAUGCACUUCGGCUUCCAGACCGUCACGGAGGAGGAGAGGAGGGAGAAAAUUUAUCAGGUCUUUGAAAAUGUGGCCACAAAAUACGAUGUAAUGAAUGAUUCAAUGACUCUGGGAAUUCAUCGGGUGUGGAAGGAUAUCCUCCUGCAUAAAAUGAACCCUUGCCCAGGAACACUCCUCCUUGAUGUUGCGGGGGGAACAGGUGACAUUGCCUUUCGAUUCAUUAAUUAUGUUCGCUCUGCACGACAACGCCAGCUCCAGAGGAAGCUCAAGCACCAUCAGAAUUUGUCAUGGCAGGAAAUUUUUGAGAGUUACCAGAAAGACAAAUUUAACUCACUAGGGGAUUCCCAAGUGGUGGUCUGUGACAUCAACAGAGAAAUGUUAAAAGUUGGGAAGCAGAAAGCACAGCACCUUGGCUACUCUGAAGGCUUGUCCUGGGUACUUGGGAAUGCUGAAGAGUUGCCCUUUGAUGAUGAUAAAUUUGAUGUUUACACAAUUGCCUUUGGAAUCCGAAAUGUAACUCGUAUUGAUUUGGCACUUGAAGAGGCCUAUCGAGUGCUGAAACCAGGAGGAAGAUUUCUCUGCCUUGAAUUUAGUCAUGUCAGCAACCCUCUUCUUUCCAGGCUCUAUGAUCUCUACAGUUUCCAGGUUAUCCCUGUUCUGGGUGAGGUUAUUGCUGGUGACUGGAAAUCUUACCAGUAUCUUGUGGAGAGCAUCCGACAGUUCCCCCCUCAGGAGGAGCUGAAGGCAAUGAUAGAAGAUGCAGGCUUUUUCAAAGUGGAUUAUGAGAAUUUGAACUUUGGCAUUGUUGCCAUUCACUCAGGUUUCAAACUGUGAGUCUGGGUAGCAAAACACCAAAACUAUCAUUUUCAUGAGGGAUAUAAAAGCUGUGGAAUUUUAACGGUAUCAAAAGGAGUUGUGCAGCAGAUACUUGCUCAGCAGCUGGACUCUGAACACAAGUUACCUCUCCCCACCAAGAAACCUGUGCAGUGACUCCAGUGGUGUUUCUUACACUUCCAUUUCCCUUCAAGUGCAAUGUGAAGGAUGUGGCCAAAACUGAGCCAUGCUGACAAGCGAAGCACAUUGGCAGUGGGUAUGGAUAAAGAAAGAGACUGAUUAGUCUCCAAAUAAGAUGCCUUUUUUUUUUUUACUAAGUUUUAAAGGAGGAUAUUAUACUUGUGAGAAGUAACUUGGAUUUAUGAAGUAACUAUGGACUUUUAUGAAGCUGUUAUUAUCUUUGUCAUAUGGAGUUUAAGGAUUUUUUCCCAUUACUCCUUUCAAAGGCAAAUGGAAGGCUUAUGAAAUAAAAGGGCUCUGCAUCAACUUUUUUCUACCUAAA